GGCCAGUCGGCGUGUGUGUCAUAUUCAAGAACGGUACGGCACCUGCCACACUUGUGGGUGUAGGUCCGUUUCGUGUCCGUUUUGGAUAUGGCAGCAUGCUGAGUGGCGGCGCGGUCCAUGUCUGUCUAGGGCGCGGCGGAUGAGGGAUUGGAUCUUGAUUUUUCGUGUUUUUGUACUUGGAAACAAUGCCCUUUCGGAUGUGGACGUGGACGUUUUUUCUGUCACAGUGGCGCGAAGUUUAGACUUGCCUCGGAGUCAACUUGCAUUGUUCGUCCAGACCACCGGUUCUCAGACACAUGUGGUAUUCCAAGGAUUCGUCACUCUUCUACACGUUGAUGUUUUCCGAACUGCAGGAAAAACGCACCAGCGUAGAAGUCAAGAUAGACGAUGGAUAUCCACUCUGGCCGCCGUCAGGAUGCACAGAUCAAUAUGGCCACAUGUCUCGAACUUCUUCGUCGACACAGCCGCCACAAUAAACGAGACUGCGCUACAUUUGCGUCCACUAUGUUCUUAGGUACAAAAAACAUAAGUUCCAUUUCAAUCGCCUGCUGGUCGUUCAUUCGGUACAAGGGUGAUAAGCCACAGAGCUUGCGUUCUUAUGACGUCAACAACUCCACUUCCA